AAAAUGUAAUUUUAUUAUUAUUACAGCUUUUAUCACAGAGUUGAUGUUUCAUAAAUAAAUAUAUAAGUAAUCACUUUAGUAAUUUUAAUAAAUUUGAUAUUUUACAAAGUUGAGAACCAAAACUUAAAAAAAAGAGUUUAAAAUGUGUCAGAUUAGAGAAGUCCUGAAAUAAAUAGCAACAAAAUAUGGAAGAACAUGAAGGAAAGAUUAGGAUAUUAAAAAGUAACUUUGCUUUUCAUUUAUUAUUUUAAAUGCAGUUUGUGCACUAAUUCUACAGGAUGUGAGCACAAUGUUCUCUCUUUAAGGGAGGAAGGAUGGUUUUGUGGGUAAAGCAUAUGACUAGGAGUCAUAAGAUCUGGGUUCUAUUCCUGGUUCUCCCAUAGCCUUUAUAUGACAUUGAGCAAAGUCAUUUAACCUCUUUGUACCUACGGUUCCAUAUCUUUAAGGUGAAGAUAUUAUUUCCUCAGAGGAAUGAUGUAAGACUAAAUUACAAUUUGGGAAGUGUGCCAAGAUCCUCAUUUGGAAGAUGUUAUAAAUGUAAAGUAUAUUAUUUGGUUGCAUGGAAAUGAAGAAACAGCCAAUGGUUUGAAUGCAGAAUUAGUAAUGGGAAACAUCAUCCAAAGUCUUCCACAGUCUUAUGACAUCAGAAAAUCUCCCCAUUUCUCAUUUGAAAACCAAAAUAAUUCUCUGCCUCAUCUGACUGAGGUGUUAUAUUUGAAAACGUAAGCUCUCUUAUCACUGUUUUCCUCCCCCUUCCCUUUUAUAAAGAAAUUAAGGUAGUUGAGCAACCCCAACCAUACACACACACUUAAAAAUGUGGUUUUAGUAAUUUCCUAGCUUGUAUACAUUACCAUGUCCAUUUAUUUAUAUAAUUAAAUCAGCUGACCAUUUAAUACUUGUGUCUAAACAAGGGAAAAACACCAAAACAUUUUGGAAAAAGCAAAAGGCACAAUAAUUUAAUGCAGACUGAGGAGAUUAAAACAUCACAUACAAUGAACUACAGUAAAUGUUGCAUUUAUGAGAGCGUUUGUUUUCAUUACUGGGAAAUAUUUUACCUUGAUAAAACAUUACAAAUUGCAAUGGCAAGCAAAUCCUCCUCUUUGCAGCACACCUUGGCACCAGCAAAACUAGGGAGGUUUUAAAAAUCUAUCAAACUAUAGGAUUAUGGUGUGUGUGAUUUUACUAGUCCUGCCGUUGCUGCCUAGGAGUUUCAGCUCUUCAAACUAAUCCAGUGCAGAAGCAGGGAUUUUGCAGCAUUAUGGGGGGAGGGAAGGGGAGUGACCUUAGAAUACCUUGGAGACAUAUUGAGUAAGUUUUAUAUAAACCAGGCACGCUGUCCUGAGGUGACACUCACUGAAAAGCUAAGCAGGCUCCCAAUAACUAGAUGGAAAGCAAGAGGUCCCUUUACACCACAGGAUAAUUUAGGUAAAUUUCAUUUCUUACUGCAGUUUCCUAACCCAGUCCAGGCACCUUAAUCCUCAUUCUCCCCCUCAGAAUGCCUCUCUCUCCCCCCGUGCCUCCUUCCUCCCCCUACUUUUGUAGCCUCGCAGGGAAGUCCCAUUUUUCCACCCAGUCUCAUAUGGCUCCCCUGCCAGCCAUAGCCUCCCAAGGAAAAGUGGGCGGGACCUGCCUCGCCCUUCUUUUCCUCCCAUCUCCACGAGACAUCCCCCUCCCACUGCCUCUUAACCAAACAUGCUCCCCAUCCGUUUCCUCCUCCCUUCCAAGGUCUCCCACUUAAAGGGUAUUUUGGAGUCUUCUCUCUGCUCCAGCCCGGCUUUCCAAGGACAAGCGCAUCUCUGGCACCACUGCAGUCCCCCAGUAAAAGCUGCCCAGCACCUUCUCCCCACAGCCUCCCACUAGGACGGGUCCAGGCUUCCCCCAACCUGUGUCGCUCCUUCCCCCGCACGCUCUCCCGAGUAUUGCAGCUUCCUCCGCCAUAAACGGGACCCCGCCCCCUGGCCGGCCCCAGCCACUGGAGCCCCCCCCCCAGUGCGAGGCCCGGGCAUCCUUCCCCCUCAGCAGCCCCGGCUCCCGCGCCGGCCAUCGUGCCAUGGCUCGCGCCCCAGCCUCUAUCGAACCCCCGUCCGCCGAGGGGGAGGAGGGAGAGAGGGGCCCGGCGGGCAGUCUGCGCCCCACAGGCAACCAACCAAACAGCCCCGGCGUCCAAGGCGAGGGGCGGAGCAGCUGCUGGAACUCGACGGCAGCGUCAGGUUCCUGCCGCGCGGGGCAGGCUGGGAAUUGUAGUUUCUCCUCUCCCAGCCGUAGCCAUUUUGUGGUGAAGGGAACUACAACUUUCCCAGAGCCCAAGGGAUCAUUCCAAGGGGGCACGCGGAGUCCCCGCGGCGCGUUGGCCGGCGAGGCCCGGCGCUUGGGAUGUGACGGGACGAGCGGCUCGCGGGGCAGGAGGAUAAUUCAGGAGCUUUGCAGACAGGGCAAGGGGGGGGGCGAGUGAGCGUGCCGCACGCUAGGGAUCAUCGCCCAAUUCACCCCCUCCGCUCCCUCUCAGGCAGCGCCGGCCGCGGCUCGCCAGAGGCCAGGUUUGAAUGCGACAGGGAGGCUGAGGUGUCUGACAUUUGCCCUGCACGAGGCACUCCGGUGGGCGGGCUGCGGCUGCUGAAUGCAGCUCGGUGGGGGCUUGCGGCCGGGGGCCCGGGUGCGAAUUGAGGCCAAGCCCUAACCGAGAGGUUUAAAAAAAAAAAUACAGGUCCAUUUAAAGUUGCUGCCGGAGCGCGGCUCUCAUUGGUUAGGGGAGAGCUGGAGGAGCAGGGACCCACACAGUGCGUGCAGCCUUCACUGCUGCUAGAGAAGCUGCUGCUGCUGGAGUUGUCUCUGCUGCUUUCCCUUGCUGCAGCAGCACAAACGUGACUUCCAACAUUUUUAUUUAUCUUUUCCUUUCGGUCCCUUUCCUUUUGCAAGAUGUAACUACAGCUCAGACACUAAGGACGUACAGAUCGCUUAGGUGGCUUGGGAAAGAGAAAAGGGGAUAUCAAGGGCGUCGUUUUUUGUGUUAGGGAGAAAAUUUCCAUUAUGAAUGUUUCUCUAAAGUGAUUUUUUUUGUUUGCUUCGCAUUCGUCCUGCUUUUUUUUUCCAUUCCCCAUAUCUCGGAUUUAUUGCAAAAGAAAAUCACGUUGUGAGGAAAGAAAGUCGGAUUACAAGAUACUACUACAAACAAAAACUGGAUUUUGGGGGGGGGUAUUUUAACAAAAAAUUGUUGCGGCUUUACUUCAUGAAGCAAUUGUCCCCUUUUGCAAUCAGAAUUUGGAUACCAGAAUGAGUAAAGAAAGACCCAAGAGGAAUAUAAUUCAAAAGAAAUACGAUGACAGUGAUGGGAUUCCAUGGUCAGAGGAGAGGGUGGUACGAAAGGUCCUUUAUUUAUCUCUAAAGGAAUUCAAAAAUGCACAGAAGAGGCAACAUGGUGACGGCAUCAAUGGGAGUCUCAAGACCGUGAAUGGACUUCUCACUAAUGGCUCAUCGAAGGGAUUAGGACCAGGAUCAGAACAGUCAGAGAACGAGAAGGACGAUGCAUCGCAAGUGUCCUCAACUAGCAAUGAUGUUAGUUCUUCAGAUUUUGAAGAAGGACCAUCAAGGAAAAGGCCAAGGCUGCAAGCACAAAGGAAGUUUGCUCAAUCCCAGCCAAACAGUCCCAGCACAACUCCAAUAAAGAUAGUGGAACCGUUGUUACCCCCUCCAGCUACUCAGAUUUCUGACCUCUCCAAAAGGAAGCCCAAGACAGAAGAUUUCCUUACAUUUCUCUGCCUUCGAGGUUCUCCAGCCCUGCCCAGCAACAUGGUUUAUUUUGGAAGCUCUCAGGACGAGGAGGAGGAUGAAGAAGAGGACGAGGAGACAGAGGAUACAAAGGCAGCCACAAACAAUGCUUCAUCUUCAUGUCAGUCAACCCCCAGGAAAGGAAAAACACAUAAGCACGUUCCAAAUGGGCAUGUCUUCAGUGGGUCCAGCAAAUCAACGAAGGAAAAAGAAACUACCCAUAAACACAAAAGUAAAGAGACCACACCGGGGAAGGAGAGGAACAGUGAACACAGGGCGGAGAGCAGAAAAGACCAGGCUGCUGCUAAUCACCAUCCUACUACAAAUACUGGCUCCUCAACAAAAGGGUUCACUGCUAACAACCACCACGCUCUUCAUAGAUCGGCUCAGGACUUAAGGAAACAGGUUUCUAAGGUCAAUGGAAUCACUCGAAUGUCAUCUCCAGGUGCAAAUGCAGCCAGUGCCAAAAAGAUGAGAGAAGUCAGACCUUCACCAUCCAAAACUGUGAAGUACACUGCAACAGUGACAAAGGGAACCGUCACAUACACCAAAGCCAAGAAAGAACUGGUCAAGGAAACCAAACUAAAUCACCACAAACCCAGUUCACCUGUUCACCAUACAAUCUCAGGGAAAACAGAAAGUAGCAAUGCAAAAACCCGCAAACAGGUGCUAUCCCUUGGAGCGUCCAAGUCUAACAAUAUCGCUGUUAAUGGUGUCAAGGUCAAUGGCAAGUUGAACCAAAAGGCAUGCACUAAGGAGGUGGGGAGACAGUUGAGGGAGGGGCUGCGCAAUUCUAAGAGGAGGCUGGAAGAGACGAAUCAUAUAGACAAAAUACAGUCACCCACCAAGAAAAUGAAAGGGGCGGUCAGCUUGACAGAAGCUGCAAGCAAAAAGGCAGCUGUGGAAAAGCCCUUGCUGAAUGGACAUGUGAAAAAGGAAGUGCCAGAGAAGAUUCUGGAAAGAAAUAGGCCGAAAAGAGCCACUGCUGGAAAGAAUACGCCAGGGAAACAAGCACAUGGUAAAACUGAAAAUGCCUCCUGUGAAAAUCAUUCUACCUCUGAAACUGAGUCCUUGCACAAGCCACACGACUCAACAGGAAAGCAUGAAAAGGGUAGUAGCAAGUGUGGGUGGGCAAUGAUGGAUGAGAUUCCCAUCCUUCGGCCCUCCACGAAGGAAUUCCAUGACCCGUUGAUAUACAUUGAGUCAGUCCGAGCUCAGGUAGAGAAGUAUGGGAUGUGUAGGGUGAUUCCUCCUGCAGACUGGAGACCUGAGUGCAAGUUGAAUGAUGAAAUGCGGUUUGUGACACAGAUUCAGCACAUACACAAGCUCAGCAGGCGCUGGGGACCCAACGUGCAGCGGCUGGCCUGCAUCAAGAAGCACCUCAAAUCUCAGGGCAUUACCAUGGAUGAGCUCCCACUCAUCGGAGGCUGUGAGCUAGAUUUGGCCUGCUUUUUCCAGCUGAUCAAUGAAAUGGGCGGCAUGCAGCAAGUGACUGACCUCAAGAAAUGGAACAAGCUGGCAGAUAUGCUACGCAUCCCCAGAACUGCACAGGACAGGCUAGCAAAGCUGCAGGAAGCCUAUUGCCAGUACUUGCUCUCCUAUGACUCCCUCUCCUCUGAGGAGCACAAGAAACUAGAGAAGGAAGUCCUGCUGGAAAAGGAGAUCUUAGAGAAGAGGAAAGGUCCUUUGGAGGGACACUCAGAAAAUGCCUAUAAGUUCCAUUCCUUGCCCCGGUUCGAGCCCAAAAAUGGACUCAUCAAUGGUGUGGUUCACAAAAACGGCUUCCGUAACAAGUUAAAAGAAGUUGAUAUCCCAUUGAAAACGGGCAGGCGGCGACUCUUCGCUCAGGAAAAGGAGAUUGAGAAGGAGGAGGAGGAGAAGGGAGUUCUUAGCGACUUACAUAAGUGUAUAUACAAGGGUAGGUCUGUUUCUUUAACAACCUUUUACCGGACGGCAAGAAACAUCAUGAACAUGUGCUUCAGCAAGGAGCCUUCGGUAGCUGAAAUAGAGCAAGAGUACUGGAGGUUAGUGGAACAGAAGGAUUGCCAUGUAGCAGUGCACUGUGGGAAAGUGGAUACCAACACACAUGGGAGCGGCUUUCCUGUUGGAAAAUCUGAACCAUUCUCAAGGCAUGGGUGGAACCUUACAGUCCUUCCUAAUAAUACAGGAUCCAUCCUGCGACAUCUUGGUGCUGUGCCUGGAGUGACAAUUCCUUGGCUAAGUAUUGGCAUGGUCUUUUCUACCUCAUGCUGGUCUCGAGACCAAAAUCACCUUCCAUACAUUGACUACUUACACACUGGUGCUGAUUGCAUUUGGUAUUGCAUUCCUGCUGCGGAAGAGAACAAACUUGAUGAUGUGGUACAUACCCUGCUGCAAGCCAAUGGCACUCCAGGGCUGGAAAUGCUUGAAAGCAAUGUAAUGAUCUCCCCAGAGGUCUUGUGCAAAGAGGGGAUCAAGGUGCAUCGUACUGUACAGCAGAGUGGGCAGUUCGUAGUCUGUUUUCCAGGAUCCUUUGUGUCUAAAGUUUGUUGUGGCUACAGUGUUUCUGAAACAGUGCACUUUGCUACCACCCAGUGGACAAGUAUGGGUUUUAAAACUGCCAAGGAAAUGAAGCGGCGACGUAUAGCCAAACCGUUUUCAAUGGAAAAGUUGCUUUAUCAGAUUGCAACGGCAGAAGCGAAAAAGGAAAAUGGACCGACUCUCACUACAAUAUCGGCACUUCUUGGAGAGCUCAGGGACACAGAACUGAGGCAACGGCGGCAGCUUUAUGAGGCAGGCCUCCAUUCUUCAGCCCGCUAUGGGAGCCACGACAGCAGUAGCUCGGGGGUGGAUGGAAAGAAAAAGCCUCGAAAGUGGUUGCAGUUAGAGACGUCGGAGAGGAGGUGUCAGAUUUGCCAGCACCUAUGUUACCUUUCUAUGGUCGUACAGGAGAAUGAAAAUGUUGUCUUCUGCCUGGAAUGUGCCCUCCGGCAUGUGGAAAAACAGAAGACGUGUCGGGGACUGAAAAUGAUGUAUCGUUAUGACGAGGAACAAAUAAUCAGUCUAGUCAAUCUCUGUGGGAAAGUCUCUGGUAAAAAUGGCAACAUCGAGAACUGUAUCAGCAAGCCUACACCAAAAAGAGGACCUCGUAAGAGAGCAACAGUCGACGUGCCAUCAUCUAGGCUUUCAUCCUCCGGUUCAUCCAAAAGUGCUUCAAGUUAAUCCUGAAGAUGCCAACACUCAUUUUGUCGAUUUAUAUAUAUUUUUUUGUAAUUAUUAUACCAUAGUUUGGAGUACUUGCUGUAGAAUACAAGCUGUCUUUGCACUAGCUCUAAAGAAGAUUUUCUUCUGGUUUUAGAGAACUAAUUUUGUUUUAGCAUUAAACUGUUGAAUUUUUUUUGUACUUAGGAUAGUUAUAUACAGCAGUCAAAUUUUUUUAAACUGCUGUAUGUUCACUGUUUUAAAACCGGCAAGGGGGCUGAUAAAAUAUUAAUUUGUACUGUCCCUAUGGCUGAAAAAAGCCUUUUUUGGUAACUGUGAAAAAAGGCUUUUAACCCAUUUUUGAAUAGGUUAAAGUUUGAUGUGUUUUAUAAUUUGUUCUCCAGUCAUGUGAGCAGAUUUUCUAGAGAGAAAAGGGAUAGGAACAAAACUUGAAAGAAAUUGCUUUACUUUUGGCUGUCUUUUAUUCUAUCACAGGCAAGAUGAGUUUUGUAAUUUUUUUAAAUUGGAGAAUACACACUUUCUUUGGGAGGUUAUGGCAGCUGAAGAUGGACUUUGUUUCCUAACCAUAAGCAAAAUGAGGAGAUUUGGAGUAAAUAUGUUCUCUUUUACCAGCACAUCACUAUGCAUCUGUUUGAGGGAGGGAGGGAGGGAGGGUGGGUGGGUAGGUAGGUAGGUGGGGGAGAGAUGGAAAAAAAAAAGACUGCCUGCCUUGAGGGAGUCAAAUGAGGGAAAACUGUGCCUGAUUUCAUUAGGAAAUCCAUUGUGUUAUUUUUUUGGUGCUGUUGGCUACUUUAUCAAAAACCCUUCAAUAGCAUCCUUUAAAAAAUAAGUGAUUGAAGCCAUAAGUGCUUCUUUGUCAUAGAUGUGCAAUCUUUCUAACAUUCCAUUUCCAUUCCACUGCUGUUUUCCCCAUCUCUACACAGUCAGCAUUAAUUUUUUGUUUUGAAUUUUUCAUUAUAUGAUCACAUUUAGAGCCACUAGCAGGUCUGCAUAUUUCUUUUGAAUGUGAAAAUGCAUUUGCUCUCAUCUUGUCUAUUUUUUCUCUUCAUAUUGUAACAAAAAAAAAUCACAUCUUUUGUAUAUACGCCUGUAAAUUGUUUUAAAUACUUGAGCCUUUUCUUGGGGUGGGGGGUGGGGUGGUAUAGAGACAAGAUGAAGAAAAGCCUUACGUUUCACUUUCUUCAUCGGUUGGAUUGGAUGCUUACAGGGUUUUUCUUGUAACAUUUAUAAGUGCUGCUUACAUCACUGAACAACAACAAAAAAUAAUAAUGGAGUAGCUGUUGCCCUUUUCUGGUUGUGUGUACAGUAUGUGUGGAAUAAAAAAGGGAAAAUGUUUUCACAAACUGUUUUGUUUCAUAAUUGAAUUCAACAAUACCGUAGCUACCCAUAUUGCACUGAGCUUGCCAGUGGUGACUGUCAGGAAAGUCCUAUAAUACAAUUUGUUGGUUGUUGUUGCAGAAGACUGAACUGUUUUGGAAUAUUUAACAAUAACAUAAACAGAGUCAAGUGUUUUUUAAAUGUGGUUGUCUGGUUUUUAUGGCCUUGCUGUGUACUUUUCCUUCUUGACAGUAAACUUCUGACAAUGGCUUACAGUUUGACAUUUAAUUUAUUAGCGCUGCUCUGCUCUCUUUCCUUGUAAGGAAAGACUUCAUGUUGUUUAUUGCCAGUUUUUGUUUACUUUUCAGGUUUGUACUACAAGGUUUAAUAAAAACAAAACUUUUUUUGGA